UUGGAGGGGAGAAAAAUAUUUUUAGCCGGAGCGUAGCUGGCGGCAGGAACUGACUGCCGGAGACUCUCACCACAUUUUAACAGGUGCAGGGAAGAAUGGUGAGCUGCAGAUUCCGCACCGAGUGCAGGGAGGUGGGACGAGGUAGGGAGCUCCUCUCCCACCAGCACCGACAGGCUGCGCUUCUGUGUGUAAAGCAGAAAUACCAGCAGGAAAUCCAAAUGGAAAAGGAAGCGAGUACCACUGUCUCGGCAAGUUCUUGCCGCACUCCGCACUGAGCGAGUUGAGAGUGCACUCCAAUGGAAGGAGGGCAAGGUCUUGUGCACUGGUAGCCCAGCACUCCGUUAAGUGCGACGCCCAUGCAUCCUCCAAAGGGUCUUCGCCUCUGCCUCCUGCUCUUUAACACUUUGCUUGCUUUGGCCACGGAGCCGAGCUACCGGUUUGAGACGGGCACCAAUAACAUUGCAAUGAGCACCAGUGACGGCGGCAGGGUGUUCGUGGCCACCGACAACUCCUUGUACCAGUUCAACCGGAGCCUGGCGCUGGAAAUGUGGGUGAGCACGGGGCCGCGGCUGGACGGGCCGUGUGUGCACAGAGAAGGUUGCUGCGUCCGCUGGAAGAACACCACCAAUGUGAACAGGAUCCUGGUGGUGGACGAGAAGAACAAGCGUCUGCUCACCUGCGGCACGGUGAGGGCCGGCGCCUGCGAGGUGCGUCAACUGAGCAACAUCAGCGACUUCCAGACGGACCUGCUGGGCCGAGUGGCCGCGCAGGACCCCCGAGCCUCCACCGUCGCUUUUCCAGUAGAGUUUUCCGGAAAGUCUUACAUGUUGACAGCCGCCACAUCCACCGACGAGAACAGUAGGUUUGUCCCCGAAAGCUGUAAAGGCAACGCCAGUUACUACGGGAUAGUGAAAACGCAGAUCUUACUGAGGUCUCUGGACGCAGAGGUGGGAUCCGGGACCUUUCUUUACUAUGACACCGAUCUUCAAGAACCGUCCGUCGAUCUUCAGUCUUCCGCCGAGCACCAAUUCGUACAGGGUUUCUACUGGAGCAACCAUACCUACAUUUCACUAAAUAACAACAUCUCCGCCCCCCAGGUCUUCGUGGCUGAAGUUCCUCUGCUACAGCACAACGCUGUGGUCAAUGUGUCCUGCCAGCUGACUGGGGACGGAGCUCUGCAGGUCCUAUCAUCCGCCCACAUCCAGACCCCCCUGCACCAGUCCUUCCUGGCUGCAGUCUUCUCUCGACAGAAACAACCCCAGCACAAUGGCCUCUGCGUUUACAACUUGGAGCAAUUUAACAAAUGCAAAGGUGCAGAGAAGAAUUGUUUACCCACAUUAUACAGUAUGCCGCUGUUUAAUUACCCUGGAUUGCUCUCUGUGUCAGCUACAUUGGUGCAGAACUGGAUUGUACUGUUCCUUGGGGCAGAAGAUGGACGAUUAAUUAAGCUGGUUCUGGAUAAAAAUAUGAAAGUCAUCCGCCCAAGCAUUCUGAUUGAACUGAAAGAUGAAUCUCCAAUUCGCCACAACAUAAUGCUUGAUAAAGUGGACCCAAGUUACUUCUACCUGUUAACUGAGAGGAUGGUGAGAAGGCUGAAGGUGGCAUCCUGCACCCAGUACAGUUCAUGCCAAGGUUGUUUGUCUGCACAGGACCCGCACUGUGGUUGGUGCAUUCUCGAGGAAAGGUGCUCCUUUAGGAAUGAAUGCCAAGAAGUAAAUUGGAUAAACAUUGCAAAACAAGCUGACAGCUGUCCAAAAGUAACCUUUAAACCUUUGGCAAUAGAUCAUACUUUGAAGAAAGAACGGCGCUUUACAGUAACAUUAAAAGGGAACCCUGGCAAUCUAAGCAGAGAAAAUGCAGAGUGUAUGUUGAGGAACACCAGGAACAACGAGGUCAUUUGCCAUGCCAGUUACAGCACCCAGUGCCUCUGUAAACUGUCUAACGAAACCUACAGUCGGCUCUACAGUCAAACAGACCCAAUCGCCAUAGAGGCAUCUGUGAAAUUAAUGUCCCUGAACUUCUCCACCAGGGUCAAGCUGCAUAAUUGUUUUAAGAUCACCACAUCUGGCGGUAACAAUCCAUGUUCUGAAUGUGUUAAUUCUGGCUGUCAGUGGUGUGCGGUGGAACAUAAGUGCUCUUCAUCUUGUGAACAAAGUACAAAUCAGACCUGCCCUCAUAUUACUCAUGCAAAACAAACUUCAAACACAGAUCUUCACAUUUUCCUGAAAGACGCUGAAAUACUUAAGAAUUCCAGUCUGAAGUGUAUAUUUAAUGGGAAGGUUGAAGCCACAGCCAAAUGGAUUAACAAUUCUGUCAUCCAAUGCCCCAGGCCUCAGUUUGAGGAUGAAAGAAGGAUAAUUCCUGUGAAUCUUGCCCAUGCUACAAAUCCCAAAAAUAUUAUUGACAAUCCAAACAAUAUCACAGUUUACAGUUGUGAUGUUCAGAAGCCGAAUUGUGUUUUCUGUACACCAGAAAGGACUUGCAUGGAAACAAUUGUUACAUAUAUAAAUCCAGACCAUGUGGCUUCAUCUGGAAGGAGCACAUUGAGCAUUAUUGGGUCAGGUCUAAAUGUUGGAUUGAGUGCUGCACUUUAUGUCAGUGGGAUGGCUGAUCACAUUACAGACAAUGCACACCCACGUAACCGAGGCCUGACACCGUCAUCGCGAACCGGGAGCCCCCUGCGGGUGACUCCGGAUACAGUCAUGGUGUCUCCUCUACACCCUGGACGUUACAUUGCGGGUAACGUGGUGGACCUUCCUGGGGCAAUGGAGCUGUUGUUAAAUUCUGACAAUUCCGAUCCUGUCUGGGUUGCGGGCAACCUCUCGCAAAAUGACCUGCGCGUCCGCAAUUAA